CACUACUUGGGUCUGGCAGCACCUUGAUGGAAUGCGUUUACAACGUUUACAAAUAUUUGUUCCUGUUGUCAAAACUGUGCAUUAAGUUAAAUAUUAUUUUUCAUAAUCAUCACAAUUUUUUCAUUAUCUGUUAAAAUGCCGAGUCAAAAGAAAAAACUGAAGAAAAAUAAGAUGGAAGACACCGUCACCUUACCUGUACAAAUAAAGACGGAGCCAGUGGAGACGAAGCCUUUAAGUGCAUAUAUAGAGGACCGCGUCGAGUUGAUUCGCCAGGCAUUUAUGUGCCUCAAACCUAAGGAAAUCCAAUGCCUGGUUCCAGAUUUUUUGCAAGGGAAAUCGAUUGAAUACAUUCAGGAACAAUGCCUUGAUGAGGUGCUCGGAAUAUCUACCAAACGCUUGCAUUCUAUCAUAAACUGCACUAGAUGUCCAACAGACACGGAGUCAUCCUCUGAUGAGGAUGUCCAGGGAAUGAAUGAACAUAUAUCGCUCGAUGAAAUUUCAUCUGAUUCCGAUGUUGACACGAAGCAGCUUUUGAACGCGAAGAAUAGUAAUUCAAUGGGAACGAAAAAAAAGAGACGAAAAAAUAUGGAGUCUAACACGGAUGACAAAAUCGAGAAAAACGGUAACAAGAAACAUGAAAAGGAGAUGACCGUUUUGGAAUUGCUCGAGUUACAAGCUCGGGCGCGUGCAAUACGCUCACAAUUAGCAUUGGAACCCGUCACGAAGAUCGAGUUGGAUUCCGACCAGGAAGCAGGAAAUGGAUCCGACACCAAUGAUAUCCGACCAUCUAAAUCCAGUGAAAUGAAGGAAAACUCAAAUGCUGCCGAUUGUUACAACUCAGAAAACUCGCGCCAAUCUCCGGCAAAAAAGCAGCCGAAACGAAUAUUGUUAAAAAGAAACUUCCGCAUUCGUCAGGUUGGUGAUGACGACGGAACAGAAGAAACUGCACAGAAACCAAUACACACAGCUUCGGAAGAUGUGACUAAACGGUCUAGAAGCAAGUCGGAGGAAAAGGCAGAUGAACCACAACACGAUCCUGUGGUUAAUCGCGAAGGAAGCCAGGAAAGAGAUAGUUCACCUGAAGUAAUCCCAGUCAUUCCAAGUCCCGAAACUUUGUGUAUUUCCUCGGAUUCGGAAGAGGAGAAAUUGCAAAGGAAAAAAUCCGAUAUAUUUGUCGAUAAUAUAGCUGAACUAGACAGACUAAGUGCACAACCAGAACUGCCUGAUCAAGCGAAUCAAGGGCCCGAGAGCGAGGAACCGGAAGAAGGCGAAAUUUCCGAUGAGGAAAAAUCAAUAAAAGAUUGUUCAGUGGAUGAACAAAAGGAAAGCGCCACAGCAGAUACCAUUUCAGUUGCUAUCGUAGAACACGAACACGAUGAAGAGCUUGAUUAUGAGGUGAAAGAAAUAUCCGACUCGGACAAGGAAAAAAGUGAUCACAGUAAGGAUCAAACACAAAUAGAAUCCGAGAAAAACGACGACAGAGAUAGGACCAUCUCUACUUCCGAUUCGAGUAACAGCAGUGAUAGUGAAGCUGAAAGUGUCAGUAGUGUGAAUGAUCGAGAUGUCGAUAAAACAAAAUCUUCCCAUGAGGAAGAGGAGUGCUUAGAUAUUGUAGAAAUCCACGACUCAAGCGAUGAAACCUUGCUGGAUCAGACCAUGGCAGAAGACGACCGGGAAAAAUCCUGGAAUUCCCGAUGGCUUGAGAGCAAUCGGGUCGCUAAAGUCAUGGCUACAUCCCGACUCGGCAAUAAAGUACGUGAUAAAUUGAAAAAAGAUAAAAAGAAGAAACAAGAAAAAGAGCAGGAGAUAAAGGUCGAAGAACCAUCAACGGCACCUGUUGUAGAAUCGCCGCCAACGAUAUCUACUGCUGAGGUUGGUUCGGUCGAGCAUUACAAUGAAUUGAUAGCAAAAUCUGUUGAACAACAAACUGGAACGGGUGAAGAAAAUGUCCAGGAGAAGGAACUAAAUGAACUAACAAACAAUCACAAACUAGAUUUGCGGCCAGCGGAAGUAACGUCCCUCCGAAUGCUAUUCCGGUAGGAGAAUGUGAGGACGGAGAGCCACUGUUCGUCGGUCGUGUAUCGCACGAGAGAACUCAAACGGUCCGUGAAGUCAUAUUAUUACAAUUAGCUAUUAAACACACAGAACGAAUCGUCAUUCGGUACAAGUCACCACUGCAGCCUUAAAACAUUUGAAAAAUUACACACCAAAAACAAGAAUCUUGUGGGAAGCGAAGAUCCUAUUUACCGUACGUUUUGGAUGAUAAGUUUUAUUCGGGAUA